UAAAAUUUGCUGGGAAAUCAAAACGGUCUACUACAUUUACAUAUAUCUAUUACACAGAGCUGAACAUCAAUGGCUGUCUCAACUUUCACUCCUAUUUUUCACAUAACCCCAAAUCAAUCCAAUUCACUUCUAUUUUCUUCGAAAUUCAAACUGCCCAGAAACAAAAUCAAACCCAAUUUCACAAAAGCUAGAGUCUUUGCAGCUCUCUCUGACCCAUUUGUGCUCCAAAUUGCUGAAACCCUAGAAGACUCUCACUCCUCUUCACCACCUCAUCUUCAGAAAUUGAGAGACUUUUCUUCUGAAUCAUUACUCUCAGCGCACUGGCCUUCAAGAAAAGAUGAGCCUUUUCGAUUUACAGACACUUCUUUCAUCAAGAAAUCUCAAAUUGUCCCCAUUUCAACCCCUCCAUUACCUCAAAGUUUGAAUCUUUUUGAUGAUUCUGAGGAAACCCAGUUCCCGAAUCUGGUGAUUGUUGAUGGGUACAUUGUGGAUUCUGUAUCCAAUGUUUCUGGUUUGCCUGAUGGGGUUUUUGCUGGGAGCUUGUCGAAUCUUGAUUCUGAGGUCAUUAAGAAGAGGGUUCUUGAUUUUGUGUCUAGUAGUGAUGGGGACUUGUUUUGGUCACUUAAUGGAGUUGGGGCACCUGAUUUGGUGGUGGUUUAUGUGCCAGAAGGAUGUGUUGUCGAAACUCCAUUGCAUUUAAGGUAUUUUUCGGAUAAAGGGGAAGAGAAGGAGUCGAAUAAGUUGCCUGUUUCGAACCCGAGGCUAUUAGUGUUGGUGGAGAAGGGAGGGGAGAUUGGUAUAAUAGAGGAGUAUGUAGGUGGAGAGGGGGAGAAAUGUUAUUGGACAAAUUCAGUUAUGGAGGUUGUAGUCGGAGAUGGAGCAAAGCUUACCCAUUCUUACAUUCAAAAUCAAUCGUUACAGGCUGCACAUAUUAAGUGGACAUCAGUCCGGCAGGAAUCUACUAGCACCUAUAAGCUAAUAGAAGUGAGCACCGGUGGAAAGUUGAGCAGACACAAUUUUCAUAUGCAGCAAGUUGGCCCCGACACAGUUACAGAAUUAUCUACUUUUCACUUGUCCAUCACUGAUCAAACACAAGACUUGCAUAGUAAACUAAUCUUAGAUCAUCCACGAGGAAUAACUCGGCAACUUCAUAAAUGUAUUAUUGCACACUCAUCGGGACAGGCUGUAUUUGAUGGGAAUGUACAGGUCAACAGAGAAGCGCAACAAACGGAUGCCGGACAGCUCACUAGAACCCUUCUUCUUGAGCCCCGUGCUACUGUAAAUCUUAAACCUAAUCUUCAAAUUAUCGCUGAUGACGUCAAGUGCUCUCAUGGUGCCGCUAUCUGCGACCUGGAAGAAAAUCAGCUCUUUUAUUUCCAAGCAAGAGGUAUUGACUUGCAAACAGCUAGAAAAGCUCUCAUCUUUUCAUUUGGAGCAGAAGUGCUAGACCACUUCCCGAACAAAUCGAUCCAGAAAAAGGUAGAAAGCCAUGUCAAGCAAUUGUUGGUUCCAUCAUUGUCCUCACAAUGAAGGCUGAUACACGAAAGGCCGCACCGCAACACAGAAUCAUACAAUUUGAUGUAUAUUUGUCAUUUAUAUUGAAGAAAAACAAUUUUGUUUCUUCAUCUCGUGAAUAAUAUUACCAAAAUUUUGUUUAGUAAAAUGUAAUCGUAAAGAAUUUAUGAGUAAAGUUGGUGAUCAAUCCAAGAUUUGCCAUUUGAUAUUA